UUAUCUGUUUGUUUUUGGAAUUUUAGAAAACGGGACCCACGGUUCGAUAAUCGAGCGGGCGAGUUCAAGGAAAGAUGCUUUGAAGACAAUUACAGUUUCCUGAAUGAUUUGAGGAGACAAGAGAGGGAGGUGAGUGGCAUCAAGAUGACUAUCCUGGUCAUGGACUUGGAGGAAGCCGAUGGGAGCUGUGGCAAACAAGCUGCGGAAUGUGAUGAGCAAGGAGACACUGAUAUGGCGCAGAAGAUACGUGAGGCUAUUCGACGAAUGGAUAACCGUGAACGAACAAAGGCAGAACGAAAACUGAAAGAAGAAACGUACAAAGAGUUACGACAGGAAAAUAUCGAACGAAUGAUGCGUGGAGAACGACCCGUUUUCAAGACAAAAGCAAAGGUUCGACUAAUGCAGAUGGAAAAGAAGUUCAAUCAGUUGAAAAAGGAUAACAAGCUUGAUAAUUACAUGAAGAGGAAGGCGAAGAAAGAAGCUCGUAAAGAAGCAAAAAGAAAGCCGGCAUUUGAGCAGAAAUACGGGCUAUCAUGCGAGUAA